CAUAAAUUCAUUAUUUGCAGAAUUUACUGCAUAUAUUAAAAAAUCAAUUUUUAAUUCCGUGAUAUGGUCUAGUGAGUAGAUAAAGUUUAAUAUUUAUGGUUAAUUUAAUUAACUAUGGCAAAUAAAAUUAGAAACGAAUUUGUAGCCUAUAGUGAACCUGCAAUUAGAAAUAAUUUGUCGAUUGUUGAGUACUGUCGAACAUCAGUAGCAGCAUUAUCUGGUUGUACAGCAGGCGUUCUUGGAUUGACUGGACUUUUUGGUGCACUAUUUUUCAUAAUUGCAGUUACAACCUUUUGGUUUAUGCUGUUGUUCAAAGCUGGUAUCGACUCUUGGAAAAAAUAUUUUAUAUCAAGGAAAUCACUACUUUUGAACGGAAUUUUUGGACAUUUUUUUACCUAUAUUCUGUGCUGGACAUUUAUUUAUGGAAUGGUACACGUCUAUUAA